CUCCCCGUGACGUCAUGACAGCAGCAUCAGCUGUUAGCUCUGCUUUAAGCCUUUUCGCUGCCGAUCGCUGCCUGCACAAAGGAAAUAUAUGAGAUCCCCUCUAAUCCCUGAAAUGGCGACACAGGAGGUACAGCUGAACGAGACUCUGGCCAACCUCAAAACGGAGUCGGAGACGCUGAAGUCGAAGCUGGAGGAGGAAAGAGCGAAGCUGCACGAUGUCGAGCUUCAUCAGGUGGCAGAGAAGGUGGAGGGACUGGGUCAGUUUGUCAUGAAGACCCGGAGAACUCUGAAGGGACAUGGCAACAAAGUUCUGUGUAUGGACUGGUGUAAAGACAAGAGGAGGAUCGUCAGCUCCUCGCAGGAUGGAAAAGUGAUUGUAUGGGAUGCGUUCACCACCAACAAGGAGCAUGCUGUGACAAUGCCGUGCACCUGGGUGAUGGCCUGCGCCUACGCUCCCUCCGGCUGUGCUGUGGCUUGUGGGGGCCUGGACAACAAAUGCUCUGUGUAUCCUCUGUCUCUGGACAAGAAUGAGAACUUGGCUGCCAAGAAGAAGUCGGUGGCCAUGCACACAAACUACCUGUCUGCCUGCAGCUUCACCAACUCGGACAUGCAGAUCCUGACGUCAAGCGGGGAUGGGACGUGUGCAUUAUGGGAUGUGGAGAGUGGGCAGCUGUUGCAGAGUUUCCAUGGACACGCGGCGGACGUGCUCUGUCUGGACCUGGCCCCCUCUGAGACUGGAAACACGUUUGUUUCAGGGGGCUGUGAUAAGAAGGCCAAUGUGUGGGACAUGCGUUCCGGACAGUGUAUUCAGUCCUUUGAAACUCACGAAUCAGACAUUAAUAGUGUGCGAUACUACCCCAGUGGAGAUGCGUUUGCAUCUGGGUCAGAUGAUGCUACAUGCCGCCUGUAUGACCUGAGGGCAGACAGAGAAGUGGCCAUUUAUUCCAAAGAGAGCAUCAUAUUUGGGGUCUCCAGUGUUGAUUUCUCUCUCAGUGGACGACUACUGUUUGGCGGCUACAAUGACUACACCAUAAAUGUUUGGGAUGUUCUCAAAGGAACACGGGUCUCUAUUCUUUUUGGACAUGAGAACCGUGUCAGUACGCUGCGUGUUUCCCCUGAUGGGACGGCCUUCAGCACAGGUUCCUGGGACCACACUCUUCGGAUCUGGGCUUAAGGAUGAGGACUCAGAGGAUGAAAUGGUAGACAGACUUACUGAAGACACGCCGAUGUUUCUGUUUGCUAGAGUACAAUCACGGAGAUAGAGACUCAGUUUUGGUUGUACAUAGAGCAUAUCAAUAGCAUUGUAUAUACUCAAGUCUCAUGGCCAGGGUAGAUUUACAUAUUUCAGAGAAUAAUUAAACCAAAUGGCACCCUUGUAUUACAGUUUGAUUGAGAGAAAAUUGCACAGAAGUACUUAUGGUAAAAUAUAUUGCAGAAAAUAACAUUGGUAGUGACUAGCGUCGGUCUAGGAUAGAAGUGACACAAAGUGAUGUAUUGUAUGUGCCCACAUAAAGGACAUUACUUGUUUAUUUGUUUUUUGCACAAAAAAAAUAAUGGAAGACUGCCGUCUGUGGAAGAAAACAGGAUAUAAGGAAAAAAAAAACAUCUGCAGGAGAAGUACUAAGGUUUAUAUUAGAAUUUCAACUUCUGAAUGAAAAUAAACUUAGAUGUGAUGGAGCAUUGGCAUAAAGUAUAAUCAAAAUUUGUGUACUUUCAAUUUCACACCCUGUGCACCAGACAAGCCUCCUCUAUCCCUAACAGCAACUCACCUGCCAAUAGUAUUCUAACGUAAAGAAGCACAUUUACAGGUCAACCUAAAAAAAACAUGAUGUUGACCUUCCAUCUUUAUGAUUUUGAAACAUGGUUUACCUUUUUUUUGUUUGUUUUCAGCUCUGGAAGCCACCAUGUACACAUUCAGUCACUGCAGACACCCUGAACCUGUGGUCCCCCACUAGAUAUAUAAAUACAAAUAUAUAAAAAUAUGUUUAAAGUGUCAGAAUGUACUCCUUUUCAUGCAGUUGUCCAAUGGCUGUAAUUUCAUAUUUACUGUAAUUAUUUUAUUGUAGUUUAGUGUACAGUUAUAAAACGGACUGUUUAUCAAAGCAUUACAAACAUAAAAAAUAAACUGAGUUUUGAUUACCA